GGCAAUCCGCCCCGUAGACGCAUUCGUUCGUACGCUCCGUCCAAAGCGGACUUAAGUAGUAGAGGCUCGUUGUCGUCGCCGACGUCCUCGUCGUUUGUCGUAGUCGAACCGUAGCAGAUCGGACGGAUCGAGGCCGAAGAGGACGUAACACCGGGAUAUCAUCGGGAUAUUAAAGUCGAAAAGCGCGUGACAUCAACGUCCACUCGUGUAAUUUCCCCGGAAGCGGCAGUGAAGAGCUCACGCACAUCACCUCUCGUUGAAUUGUCGACCAGUGAGCACUAUCAGGCCAAGUCCCCGACGAUUGAGAGACACCCAAGUCCAUCGAUCGUUAAAUUCAGAGAAAUCUAAAUUAAUCGCCAUUAGAAAGAUCUAUUGAAAGGAGAGUGAUAAAGAAGAUAUGAUGGCAGUCGCAGCCGCUCAGAAGAAUCGCGAAAUGUUCGCCAUCAAGAAGUCUUACAGUAUUGAGAACGGAUAUCCAGCACGACGACGUUCUCUUGUAGACGAUGCCCGUUUUGAGACGCUGGUCGUCAAACAGACGAAGCAAAGCGUACUCGAGGAAGCUCGACAACGAGCGAAUGACACGAAUACGGAUCAGACAAUUACUUGUACUCAAGAACAACAGGGACAGGGAGAACAUUACGUCGAUGUUUCAUCAAGUGACGACGAACAGAUGGAGUCAUUAGUUUACGCGGCGAAAAAAGAAGAAGCGAAAGCGGAGGCUUCAUCGGACAGCGAUGGGAAACCGGAUGACGAUGACGAUGAUGAUGCCGGAUUAACCGAAGAGGAAGUAGUGCUCGCGAAGACCAUAGCCGAAUCACCGGAUAGCGAGCACAGCGUACAGAAGGCGGCGUUGGUACUGAGAUUGCGAGAGGGCAUCGGCUCUCUGGGCAGGAUCCUGAAGACAAUCGAAAAUUUCAAGGGCACGAUUACCCAUGUCGAGUCACGGCCAUCAAAGAAAGAAGGUCUGCAAUUCGAAGUUCUGGUCAAGAUUGACAUGAGCAGGCAGAGCCUGUUGCAGCUGAUUAGAAAUCUGCGACAAAGCUCGGCCUUGGACGGUGUGACUCUGCUCGCCGACAAUUCCGUCAGCAUCAAAGACCCCUGGUUUCCCCGUCACGCCUCUGAUCUCGACAACUGCAACCACCUGAUGACCAAGUACGAACCGGAUCUCGAUAUGAAUCACCCGGGCUUCGCUGAUAAAGAGUAUCGUGCUCGUCGCAAGGUCAUUGCCGAAAUUGCUUUCGCUUACAAGUACGGCGAUCCAAUACCCUCCAUUCCUUACACCGAAACGGAGAACGAGACUUGGUCACGCGUCUUUAAUACCGUAUUGGAUCUGGUACCGAAACACGCGUGCGUGGAAUACCAGAGAGUCUUCAAAAAAUUGCAAGAGGAAAGGAUCUUCGAGUCCCACCGUAUACCGCAGUUGCAGGAAGUCAGCAAUUUCUUGAAGAAGAGCACAGGAUUUACUCUUCGACCGGCCGCCGGUCUUUUGACAGCGCGGGACUUCUUGUCCAGUCUUGCCUUCAGAAUAUUCCAGAGCACCCAAUAUGUCCGUCACAUCAACAGCCCAUAUCACACUCCCGAACCAGAUUGCAUUCAUGAGCUCUUGGGCCAUAUGCCGCUUCUGGCCGACCCUAGUUUCGCUCAAUUUUCGCAAGAAAUCGGAUUGGCAUCUCUCGGUGCCUCAGAUGAGGAAAUCGAAAAACUCUCAACUAUCUAUUGGUUCACCGUCGAAUUCGGUCUUUGUAAGGAAGGUCCUGAAGUUAAGGCUUACGGUGCUGGCUUAUUGUCGGCCUAUGGUGAACUUCUGCACGCAUUGAGCGAUAAAUGCGAACAUCGAGCUUUUGAUCCGUCAACUACCGCUCUCCAAAAAUAUCAAGAUCAAGAAUACCAGCCGAUAUAUUACGUGGCCGAGAGUUUCGAGGAUGCCAAAGAGAAAUUCCGUCAUUGGGUGUCUACUAUGAGUCGGCCAUUUGAGGUCAGGUUCAAUCCGCAUACGCAACGCGUCGAAGUCCUCGACAGUGUUGACAGAUUGGAGGGUCUGAUUUCCCAACUCAAUACCGAGAUGACCCACCUUACGAAUGCCGUCAACAAAAUGAAAGCGAGACAGUUCGCGUAAGAAUGAGAACUUCCUCGCCUUCGCGUAUUUGGUUAUUCCUUUUGUAAGCCAUCCAACCUCGAAGUCGCUCGUGCUCUUAACCAGUUAAAUAAUUCUUGAACUUUUCGGUGAUAAUAAUUUAAUUAAUAAUAUAAUCGUACUACGUACAAACUACGUGUUCUUCUUAUAAUUGAAGCAAAGCUUGACGAGUCUUUUAAUGCUGUACGUAAAAAAUGUGUUAGUUUGACUCGAUAAUUCAAAAAAAAGAUAUAUUAUUAUUUAUUAUAAGAUCUAUUUGUUUUAAAUAAGAAAAAUAUUUAAUUUUGCAUCGAGGCUUCAGCUUCCAGGUUCGGUGGAGCACAUCAUCUCAUCGUUAUCAUUUUUAUCGCGUGAUUCGUUCCUCAUUUCGUGUAUAAAAUCGUUCAUUUAUGUGUUGUACGCGUGUAUGCGCACCAGUUAUACAUGCAACAAAGAGCAAAUCUUUGAUGUUAGCCCCUUAUUGUGUAUCUACCGUAUUACGUUCCGUCAAAAUAAUCAACUUAAUUGAACAAUGAAUCAUUUUGCGGAUUAAGUAAUUCUGAGCCAAUCUCUUGCUCUCGAAUGUUUUUCACAAGACGCCAAACGAGCGGAAACACAUAUCACAAGGUUAUCUCCGAAUAAAUAGAAAGCACUUGUUAUUUUUUUUUUACCAGUGGCAGCGCGUACACGCGUAUAAAAGAGAUUCUUACAUUAUUAUAUUAUUAUUAAUUAUAUUAUUAUUAAUUAUUACUAUUAUUUCGUUCUAUUCUAUUAUAUAUUAUCGUAUUACUAUGUUAGUAGAUUAUGUUAUGCAUGAAAUUGUUUAAUCCAGCAAACACUGGCAUCUGCCCCGAUGUUUCAUAGUGCAGUCUGCAUUUAGCAAAGAGUUGUAAAACGCGAGAUAGUCGUCGCUGAGAGCUUAUCGUAGUCUCGUAGAACAUGUAGAACUCGCGGGAUAUUGAUUCCUCAUCGCGAUAGAAUUCGUUGUUCAAAGGGAACAUACAGUAUUCUUUUCUUUUGUGAAUUAAUUGUCACACCGCGGCUGUAUAGAGUCGUUGGGCAGUUCUUCCCAGACUAGCUGAUAAGAAGUGAGCGUUUAAAUGUUCUUAUCAGCUGGUCGCAAUUAAUUUAGAAUUACUUGCAUCGAAUUAAACAGUAUUUCGUAAAGGAUAUCUUUAAGUUGUGUUCUUAUCUAGAUAAUCUGCAGGUCGCUUCCUGUUUGAACGAACUUGUUGGUGAUUAAGGUUUAGUAGGCACAAUAAAAGAAAUAAGGAAAGAAUUGAACAUAAAGAAUUAGAAAUAGAGAAUAAAAUUUCGACAUAAAAGAGACUAUGUUUCGAUACACAAUCAAAGAGUAACGAGAUGGUUUCUUCAUUAGUCGAAAAUAAUUUUUUGUUUCUAAAUCUUUCUAAUGUUCUCUGUUUCUAAUUCUUUAUAUUUAGUUCUUUAAUCUUUAUUUCUGCUUAUUGUGCCUAGGUCCUUAGAGUUCCCAGAUAGUUCCGGAAGUCAUGAAUCGACGUUGCUUUAGAGAGAUACCUACUAUUUAGCGAGUAGUGCGAGUCCCCGCUUGCGCACACUGUGCUACCCUGUAUCGCAUCGACCUGUAUGAAAUAUUUUUCUCGUACGUGUACGUGCGUGUAACCCACCCUCGUUAGGUUGUAGUAAGAAAAAAACGGUCAAUACAUAUGACAUGUUUCCUUUGUAUUAUAUUGUAAAGUACUCAGAGCAUAAUAAAAAACUAAGAUAUGAAUC